AUGGAUCUCCAUCAAGCUGGAGUCAGGUUUAUGUUGGGGUCAAGCAAAAAACUACUAGACAUAAAAUUCGACGCAGAUAAAGGGGCACUGGUAAUUCCAUGUUUAAAGAUUGAGGAUGACACAGAAACGUUAUUCAGGAAUGUCCAAGCCUUUGAGCAAUGCCAUUUCGGUUCUGGUUUUAUAGGUAACUAUAUCACUAUGAUCAAUUUGGUUGUUCAUGCUUCCAAGGACUUAGAAAUACUCGCAAGAAAAGGAAUUGUAGAGAAAUGGCUACGUGAUAACGAUGCCCUCUUAAGACUUCUCCACAAUCUUUCCAAAGAAAAUAUUGUCGAUAGGCACGAUUUCUAUUUUUCUGAUGUCGUUGAACAUCUGGAGAAGUAUUACAAAAGGCGUAGGCACAAAUGGAAGGCAGCUCUGAAACAGAAGUAUUUCGACAAUCCGUGGACCAUAAUCUCUGUUAUUGCAGCUGGAAUUCUCCACCUACUUGCUGUCAUACAAGCAGUGUGUCCUAUCAUUCAAGUUGUUUAG